AUGGCAGCCCCCCCUGUCUUCUCCCCUCCCGUUUCCCCUCCCUUCUCCCCUCUCUUUUCCCCUCCCUUCUCCCCCCCAUUCUCCCCUCCCUUCUCCACUCCCUUCCCCCCUCCCUGCGCUGACUUGUUACCAUUAUCAGCCCCACCAGCAUAUCCUCUUGUCUCCGACCAUUUCCCACUCCUACGAGAUGAGCCUGGGCGUGGGGUUGAUGUGGUGUUUGAUGGCAUAACAGGGUUACCACUUUCUGUGGUUGGGUUACCUCCCGCACCACCACCAGCAGCAACAGCUUCAGUGGAAUUGUCUGAUGGAGCAACAGGGUUGCCGCUUUCUGAGGUGGAGUUGCUCGCAGUACCAGCAGCAGCAACAGCUUCAGUGGAAUUGUCUGAUGGAGCAACAGGGUUGCCGCUUUCUGAGGUGGAGUUGCUCGCAGUACCAGCAGCAGCAACAGCUUCACUGGAAUUGUCUGAUGGAGCAACAGGGUUGCCGCUUUCUGAGGUGGAGUUGCUCGCAGUACCAGCAGCAGCAACAGCUUCAGUGGAAUUGCCUGAUGGAGCAACAGGGUUGCCGCUUUCUGAGGUGGAGUUGCUCGCAGUACCAGCAGCAGCAACAACUUCAGUGGAGCUGUUUGAUGGAGUAACAGGGUUAUCACUUUCUGAGAUGGAGUUACCGCUCGCAGCACCAGUGUUGGCAGCUGCAGUAGUCGAAUUUCCAGCUUUCUUUGCAGCAGCAGCUGCAGCUUCAGCGGCAACAGCGGAAGCAGCAGCAGCAGCAGCAGCAGCAGCAGCAGCAGCAGCAGCGUCUUUCUGA